UAUUUUUCUUUCGCUUUCCGUCCAUCUCAUUUCACCGUCUUCUCGACAGAGGGAUUUUAACUGGGACAACAUGGCUGCACAAACGGCUCGUUAUUAUACCGAUGGCGGAAGGGCAACGAAGCGACAGAAAACCGAAAAUAACGACGGAACCACGGAGGGCUACGAAGACCCCCACAAAACCCUCCCCUCGCCGGUUGUGCAUGUGAGGGGACUAGUGGAUGGCGUUAUGGAGGCGGACCUGGUGGAGGCCUUGCAAGAGUUUGGACCCAUCAGCUACGUCGUGGUGAUGCCCAAGAAGCGGCAGGCUCUGGUGGAGUACGAGGACAUGAACGGGUCCUGCAACGCGGUCAACUACGCAUCCGACAACCAGAUCUACAUCGCCGGCCACCCCGCGUUCGUCAACUACUCCACCAGCCAGAAGAUCUCCCGCCCCGGGGACCCUGACGACUCCCGCAGUGUCAACAACGUCCUGCUCCUCACCAUCAUGAACCCCAUCUACCCCAUCACCACGGACGUGCUCUACACCAUCUGCAACAACUGCGGCCCUGUCCAGAGGAUCGUCAUCUUCCGCAAGAAUGGCGUGCAGGCCAUGGUGGAGUUCGACUCGGUGCAGAGUGCCCAGAGAGCCAAGGCCUCCCUCAACGGGGCUGACAUCUACUCGGGAUGCUGCACGCUGAAAAUCGAGUACGCCAAGCCCACGCGCCUCAACGUGUUCAAGAACGACCAGGACACCUGGGACUACACCAACCCCAACCUAGGCACCCAAGAUGCAGAAGGAGAUGGAAAUUGGAGCAAUGCACAAGAUCUGAAUGCCAACCCCAACAAGCGGCAACGGCAGCCUGCCCUGCUGGGAGACCACCCUCCCGAGUAUGCUGGCCCACAAGGAGGCUACCAUGGUCCCUACGAUGAGAGCUACGGCCCUCCCCCACCCCCUCACUAUGAGGGGCGUCGCAUGGGCCCCCCAAUGGGCGGCCCCCGUCGCGGGGCCCACAACCAGCGCUACGGGGCCCCGCAGUACGGGCACCCCCCUCCCCCACCCCCGCCCGGCGAGUACAGCCCCCACGCAGACUCCCCCGUGCUCAUGGUCUACGGCCUGGAGCCCGCCAAGAUGAACGCCGACAAGGUCUUCAACGUCUUCUGUCUCUACGGCAACGUGGAGCGGGUGAAGUUCAUGAAGAGCAAGCCAGGAGCAGCCAUGGUGGAGAUGGGGGACUGCUACGCUGUGGACCGAGCCAUCACCCACCUUAACAACAACUUCCUGUUCGGACAGAAGCUCAACGUCUGUGUGUCGAAGCAGCAGGCCAUCAUGCCGGGCCAGUCGUACGAGCUGGAGGACGGCACCAGCAGCUUCAAGGACUUCCACGGCACCCGCAACAACCGCUUCACCUCCCCAGAGCAGGCGGCCAAGAACCGCAUCCAGCACCCCAGCAACGUCCUGCACUUCUUCAACGCCCAGCCCGACGUCUCGGUGGAGAUCUUCACGCAGAUCUGUGAGGAUCUUGGGGUCAAGAGUCCCUCCAACAUCAAACUAUUCACAGGAAAGAGCGGGGGACCAGGGGAGCGCAGUUCGUCCGGCCUGUUGGAGUGGGAGUCCAUCAACGACGCCAUGGAGGCCCUGGGCAUGAUGAACCACUUCCAGAUGAAGAACCCGAAUGGUCCAUACCCAUAUACCCUCAAGUUGUGCUUCUCCACUGCGCAGCAUGCAAACUGAGUACCCCGUGUCGUCGUGGAGAUUGUUCCCUAGUAACCGUCAUGGCUACAACGUUCUCCUCCCUCCGAUAUUACCAGCCCUGUGUCCAUAAAGGCAGUGUGUGUGCGUCUGUGCAGCUUCGUUAAAUUGUCCUUAUUCAUUAGUGUGUAGCUUUUGCAAGUUGGAAGAGAGUGACUGAUACUGACAGAGGAUGGAUUGUUUUUAGAGAAUAAAGGAAGCUUUUGUAUCCAUACAUUUUUUUUGCUUUGAAUUUUUUUUUUUUUUAUGUGUUCCAUAUUUUGAAAAUUUCUUCUGCAGAAGAACUUUUGUUCUGAAAGUAAAUGUUCUGAAAUAAAAUGAAAAAAAUGGAAAUACAA